AGUUAGGGUAGUAUGGUUAGAUUGUGGUUGGACUCGAUGAUCUUUAAGGCCUUUUCCAACCUGAGCGAUUCUAUGAUCACCUAAAGGCUGUUCUUUCAUAUCCACACACAGCCAGCCUGGUCAGCAGCCUCAGCUUCUUCUGUUAGUCUAUGAUUUGUUUGCAUCACUGGGGACAAUAGGAAUACAUAUAUCUCUACAUAUCUACUGUAUGUAUUGUAUCCGUUGUAAUUUCCAUGGAUAUACUUCGGAGGCGUUACUUUGGGAGCAACCGAAGUAUAUGCAGUGCAAGACAACUCUCCUUCACUCAGCGCGGCCCAGGCAAACCAAAAGCUCGGACACCGACGGGUUAAAUUCUGCGUAGCGCCGAGCCCGCCCCGCCCCGCCCGCCUCCUUCCGGGCACUGCCGCCGCUAUGCUGCUGUUGCGGGCGGCGCGGAGCCGGACCGGCGGUCCGUGUGGCCGCUCCCCUCUGCCGCUGGCCGCCCUCUCGCAGGUGUUGAAGCUGGAGCGGAGCCGCCGCGACGGCGUCAUGUUCCCGCUGCAGCGGCUGGCGCGCAACCUGGCUCCCGGCGCAGAGGAGGCGGCCUUCAAUCUCUUCCAGCCCGGGCUGCCCGCGCUGCAGCGCGCCGAGGUGCUCUUCACCUCCGGCCGCGGUCACGCCAUCGACUACGUGAGCUCCGCCGUGCGCAUGGAGCACGCCCCGACGUCCGCGCUGCCCGAGGUGUGCUUCAUCGGCCGGAGCAACGUGGGCAAGUCGUCGUUGAUCCGGGCCUUGUUCUCGCUGGCUCCAGAAGUGGAGGUCAGAGUGUCGAAAACUCCAGGCCACACAAAGAAGAUGAAUUUCUUCAACGUAGGGAAGUACUUCACUUUGGUGGAUAUGCCAGGGUAUGGUUACCGUGCCCCAAAAGACUUCGUGGAUAUGGUGGAGGCUUAUCUGCAGGAGCGGCACAACUUGAAGAGGACUUUUCUAUUAGUCGAUGCUGUGGUAGGAAUCCAGAGCACAGAUCUUAUUGCAGUAGAGAUGCUGGAGGAGUUUGGGAUUCCUUAUGUGAUGGUGUUAACAAAAAUUGACCGAGCUUCCAAGGGACUGUUGUUAAAGAAUGUUCUGGGGAUCCAGAAGUUUGUAAAGGAGAAAACUCAGGGAUGCUUUCCUCAACUAUUCCUAGUCAGUUCUGUGGAGUUUUCAGGAGUCCACUUGCUAAGGUGUUUUGUAGCCCAUGUUACUGGAAACCUGCCUACUGUAGAGGCCAGCUGAAAAGUCUGGCUCCUGAUCUGCUCAGCUCAUCUGGAACAAAAGGUUCAGCACGAUAGCAUGCCUUGCUUGUGUACAUCCAGUUGUUGUCCCUGUUCCUGGUGGAUGCGGAAAAGGAAACCUACUUUAUGGGAUCUGCCUUCUGGUUGGCUGUUGGCUUGAAACAGUGGUGAUAAAUGAACAACACCUAGCAGAACUCUCUUCUCCUGCAUUUUAUCAUCACUCAGUUCUGCAUCUACCUUCUGUUUUAAAUCCCACUUGAAGUUUUGCAGCUGCUCUCAGCUGAGUUAUUGGAGACGGGUCCGUUACCUGCAGCUGUCCUGUGCUGGGAGUUGAAUCACAACACUGAGGUCCCACAGCCGCUGUACCUAAGAGCACAAUGUGGGGGAAACCAGAGCUUGUACAGAAUCUACAAAAAGGACUGCCAUUAAAUAGCAGUAGUUGUACAUAGGAAUUUAGACCAAAGCUAGUAAGUGCCUGUGUCACACUCUGGCACUCGUCCUGUCUUAAGACUGCCGAUUCUGUGUAUGCAGUUGUUGAAGU